CAGUUGGAUCAAUGGAUGGUCAAGGAGCUGAAACUUGAACUAUGCGCGGGAUCAACAUCCAAGGAAGGCCAGAGGCGCUCCGCUCCUCUCUCUCCUCUCUCUCCGGUUUCCAUGGCUCCAGUCCAGUACCCUUCAUCUUCCCCCAACCCUCCACGCCCUCGAAGCCGACCACGACGACGGCUGCCUCGCCGCCCAAAACCCCACCGACGUGUCCUCCCUCAGCCCAGAACCCCACCGACGUCUCCUCCCUCUGCCCCUCCCAACUCGAAGACUUCAUCAAAGGCGUCUCGUUCCACCUUUAGGACAAAGAGCUCUUCCGCAUCGAAGAGCAAGACGUGUUCAACUGCGCCUACUUGGAGGACGAAAUUUGGAAUCGCCAGGAGGACUAAAUUCGGAAUGCUGAGCCUUGAGCGGCGCAACAAGGCGGCGGGGAAGGGUAUUGAUUUCUCAGAAGAAGAGGAAUGAUGGGUAUUACAACGUACCCAUAAGGAGCUUCGAUCAGAUACACGGCGGCGUAGGCAACUUCGGCCUCGUGGGUUCUUGUCAUGAGGGAGUGUCAUAUUUCGACUGUAAAGAAAGCCCAGGAAAGUCUUGUUGACAAACCCAUAUCUCUCUCUCUCUCUCUCUCUCUCUCUCUCUCUAUAUAUAUAUAUAUAUAUAUAUAUAUAAUGUGUGUGUGUUGAUUGAGUUUGUGGAUCUGAUUUCUAGGACUUUUUAGGUUUGAUUUAUGCAUAAUUUUUAAGUGUAGUGUUCUCUGUACAAUUUUGAAGACCGUGGGUGUCACAAUGCUUGCUGCACCGCAUGUGUAACUAGGCCCUGGCGUUCGCAGCGUAAAGUUCUUGGGGAGUCUCUCUUCUCCUUUUUUGAUUAUGUAGGAGACCCUAUGGGCCUCUAGUCUUGGUUAGAUAUCGGUUGUGCCCCCUCUAGUGCUUUUUGUUCUUCAUGUUUAGGUAUCAAAGAUUGUGGCUGCAAUAUAGCUAACGUAAGAUUGUGUAACAGGCUAACAGCACAAGUUGAACUGUUGAAGAUCUUUUUCUUAGGGUGUUCCUUUCUACUUAUUUCUUUAUAUUUUUUCCUUGUGUGCAUAGAUAAUUAAUUUACUUGAAUAUAGGUUCACCAUUCAUUUGAAUAGGAAAGGCAAGAAGUAGAUAACUUGAAUGAAUACCAGUUGGUUACCAACCUAAGAUUUGAUGUUUUCUUUGAUUUGUCAUCUUAGCGUAUGAGAUUGGAAAGUGAUUGUAACUUGUAAAGGUCUUGAUUCUUGAACUUGUUGCAAAUGCGAUCACCAUAAUGCCACAUAGGCAAAUAUGUUGAAUAUUUUUUUUUUGAAAGGCAAAAAUUUCUUAAUCUUUGAAAUUGUUACAAAGAUUAAAGGAACAAGGACUUGAACGUCACAAUAUUCAUAAACUAAGAAGUAAGAACAAUCCUGUGCCCAAAAGUCCGAGACCCAAAUCCGAGAUUGGCAAGAAGCCAGCCGGAAAUACCCAUUGGGACAAGCCCACUCCUAUAGGGUCAAGCCUAGAACCAAAAAGAAAAACCAUGACCCUACAGACAGCAACCCAUCCGCUAAUCCUUCCGAUCAACCGCAGCCACUACACCACCACUGCACCGGAAACUCCUCCAACAAGAUAUUGGAUAUUGGAUAUUGGAUAUUGUUGAUUGUAUUUUAUAGCACAUUCCUAGAUGGGAGUCGUUUCUGAUGAGAGUUUGAUUGACUUUUCUGAUACUUUCAGGGAGAAGGCAUGACCAGCAUUGAGCCAACAGUUGGAGCGAUAAAUGAUAUUUGUGGUAGUGGGUUGGUACUGUUGGCUCUGGACUGUAGGAAGAUACCAUCUUAUUUCAUACCAGCCCUUGGACCUGCGCCGAAGUGGUGCUCUUACCUUGAAAACUUGACAUUUUAUAUGGUAUCCUUUAAGUGGUAUGUCUUAGGACCAUUCCCGUUGUAUUAUUAUUACACUUGUAGUUUUAUAUUUGUGUUAGUUUUCCCCCCUGCAGGAAGAGAUGGAAGAGGGUGCUCAAACAACUAUUUAUGAUGAUUUCAAAUUCUUAAUCAAAGAAGAUCUCGAGAGGUUGAAUUUGACAAAUUUAAUUGGCCCCAAUCUUCUAAGAGCUUAUAUGCAUGGGUUCUUCAUUAAUUACCGGUUGUAUAAGAAGGCGAUGACUCUGAUUAUUUGUGUAAUUUUAUUUUGUGAUUUAAUGUUGCAUCUUAUGAGAAAUAUCAAGCAUGUUGAUGAUAAAGCUUUUCCGUUUGAAAUUUGUAGUUUAUUGUUGGAAAAAUAAAAAAGAGGGUCAGAUGACUCAGAACAGUUUGGUGAUCGGGAAAA